CCGACUGACAGGGAAACCAAAAUUCAAGCGGCAAGUCGUCACGAUGACAGUGUCAAUUCGAGUGGUCGUGCUGGGAUAUGCGCCACCGGCGGCCCCGACGAAAGCCUCCGGGAAGAGGAAGAAGCGCCCGUUGGAAAGGACACACAGCUCCCGUAUCAAUGUCGAAUUCCAACUGCGCACUGAAUUGGAAUGGAGCGUCUUGCAGUUAAAGGAAGCAAUUGCGAAUCAGUUGGAGCGCGAACUCGAUGGCGCGGCCAAUGGCGUGCAGCCAGAGAAUCAAUGCAUUGCAGUCAAUGGUGUGCUGGUGUGCGACGCCGACUCGCUCGGCACAAUCCUUUUCGAUUCACGGACACUCGUAUGCGCCAUCGACAAAUCCGAGCCCUCGCCAUCAAACACACCCGUGCAGUCGACACAUGUCAGUGGUGCGCUGAAUCAGUUACGUUCCAUGGGAUUUUCAACAAAGCGAGCAUCGGAAGCCCUCGUAGUUGCCAAGAACAACGUGGAAGGCGCCGUUGCCUUUCUUACUGAAGGCAUACAGGUCGACACGUCGUCGCACGAAGAGACAGAUACGCACCUGGCUGACGUCGCCAUGACCAAGCCAUACUCCUUGGUCGGUGCCAUCCAGUCUUGCAAUCCAGAUCACUUGGUUGACUUGUCGUUGGAUCGCUUGACGGCUGCCAUGCGACGGAGGCAAGAACGGGAAUGCAAUGGCUCCCAUGUCGAGGAUGGGAUGGAGGUCGAUGAAGAGACCAAGGACGACGACGCAGUCAUAGCAAUUUAUGACGACGAAAGAGAUGCUGUGCACGAUGCGUCGCAGUUAGCCGACGUUGACGCUGAGCAAAUUGCGCUAGACCGGUUGCAAGCACUGGGCUUUUCACGCCAUGACGCCUACAAUGCGUACGUGGCAUGUGACCGGAACGAAAACGCAGCAGCCAACUUUCUCUUCGAAUCCAUGUGAUGCCAAUUCGUACGAUCAAAGUCUCGAUGUUGGGUAAUUUUCACGUCAAUGCUUAUCCCGCACUUGGUGAACGAUCGUGGCAUUCCUCCCUUCACCCUCAUCCAG